CCGCAGUUGAACCUAUUCAUUCCAUGGCUGUAGUCUUCACAGACAUCGUAGAUUCAACGAAUCUAUGGGAAGAAGAACAUGAACAAAUGUGGGAAGCACUGAAAAAGCACGAUGAAUUGAUGCGAGCAGAGAUCACGAAAUUUGACGGCUACGAAGUAAAAACUGGUGGGGACUCCUUCUAUGUAGUCUUCGAUGACGCUCUUCAAGCCUUGAAAUUCUGUCUCGCCGCACAGAAAAGUCUGCACAACGAUAAUAGCUGGCCCAAAAAAAUCGACAAAAUCAAGGACUACCAUAGGCCAAACAAAGUUUCAGAAGAGACGCACACCUCCUUUCCGUACAAAGGCCUCAACAUCCGAAUGGGUAUACACUACGGUAAGCCAGACGAACAGCGCAAGGAUCCCAAAACCGAUCGAUGGGAUUACUACGGCCGUGUGAUCAAUACGUCUGCUCGCGUCCAGGGACAGGCAAAAUGUGGCGAGAUCGCCGUCUCCGACAACUUCAUCCAAGCGAUAUGGCGAAAACAGGCAAACGCGCCGGAAGACGCGAAGACACCGCUGACUGAUCCCACAAGAAGGAGAAUCUUGGGGAAGGAGUUAGCCCUACCAUGGACCUUUGAAUUGAGAUCCAUGGACUGCGACCUGAAGGGCGUCAAGGCUAAUGUGAAUAUCACACGCAUCUGCUGGAAGGAGUGGUUAUGCGUGCCAGGUGAAGGAUGGAAGAUCCUUUAGAGUGUGCCUAGUAUUUCUACUAACGUGGCAUCAUGUUGGACAAGUUAGUUGACACGUAAUGAAAUUAUGAAUAUCUCCAAAAUUUAAUACAAAC